AUGUCUUGCAUCACUACGCCAGCCGUACCUCCGGUGGCUCUUGACUCAAUCACUCAGCACAUUGGCAACACGCCCCUCGUGCGCCUGAAUAGACUUCCACGUAGCCUUGGGAUUGAGGCGACUGUCUAUGCGAAAUUGGAAUACUUUAAUGCUGGAGGGAGUGUGAAAGAUAGGAUUGCUCUGCGCAUGAUCGAGGAGGCCGAACGAUCGGGGCGCAUAAAGCCUGGUGAUACUCUCAUCGAACCCACUAGCGGUAAUACUGGAAUUGGUUUGGCGCUCGUCGGCGCUGUAAAGGGAUACAAGACCAUAAUUACCCUCCCGGAGAAGAUGUCAGCUGAGAAGGUGGCCGUAUUGAAAGCGUUGAAUGCAACUAUCAUCCGUACUCCUAAUGAAGCCGCGUACGAUUCGCCGGAAUCUCACAUCGGUGUCGCCAAGCGUCUUGAGAAGGAACUCCCGAAUGCGCAUAUCCUGGACCAAUACGGGAACGAGAAUAACCCGCUGGCCCACGAAUUGGGUACAGCGGAAGAAGUCUGGACGCAGACCAAGGGUCAAAUCAAGGCCAUUGUCGCCGGUGCAGGAACUGGUGGAACAAUCACUGGACUGUCCCGGGGCCUCAAGAAGCAUAACCCCGAUAUCAAGGUUAUUGCAGCUGACCCUCACGGUUCCAUCUUAGCGUUGCCGUCCUCGUUAAACGAAGACCAUGUAAACGAACCAUACAAGGUCGAGGGAAUUGGGUAUGAUUUCAUUCCCCAAGUGCUCGACCAGCAGGCCGUGGACCAGUGGUACAAAACCGGAGAUAAAGAUUCAUUCCAGUACGCUCGGCGGUUAAUUGCUGAAGAGGGCCUCCUUGUAGGAGGAAGCAGUGGGAGCGCCAUAUCGGCUCUGGCGCAAGCGGCGAAGGACUACAACUUCGGGAAAGAUGAUGUGAUUGUUGUCAUUUUGCCUGACAGCAUCAGAAGCUAUUUAACUAAGUUUGCUGACGACGACUGGCUUGCUGCUAAUGGACUUUUGACAUCGCCCCUGGUCGAAGCUGCGGACGUGCCCUCGACACUGCAGCCCCAUGAACAAAGGGAUGCCUUCGCUGGAUCAAGGGUCAAGUCGCUGAGGUUAAAGCCCAUCACAACUGUACAGUCGAAUAUCCCCUGUGAAACUGCCAUCGAAAUGAUGCGAGAUCGCGGAUUCGACCAACUGCCCGUGCUUGCGCCUUCUGGCAAGAAGCUCGUAGGACUAGUGACUCUAGGGAAUGUUCUCAGUCGACUCACUCACGGACGUGCUACUGGGAAGAGCCCUGUGUCUGAUGUUAUGUUUAACUUCAGUAAAAUAACCGAGGUGGUCACUGACCCAAGAGAUAUGGGUUUGACUAGUUCCACGCCGGAAAAAGCGAAUAGCUCGGAGUCCCGGAUUAAAGACCGGAAAUUUGUGGAGAUCACUAUGGAUACACCGCUCAGCGUAUUGAAUCGGUUCUUCGAAUGGAACAGUGCUGCGGUAGUUACUGAAAGAGACGAACAUGGAACCACUUACAAUAACAUUAUAUGCGGCCUAGAGUAUCCUGAUAAGAGUGGUGACUUCAAUGGCAAAACUCUGGGCUUUAUGAUUGAGAAGGUUUAUGUGCUUGCCCGAAGCCAUAAUAAGUAUCUACGCGCGCAGGAGGACUGGCAGCGAUGUGCUGGUAGUUCCCUGGGGAAGGAUGAUACGAGAGUUCAGUUCAUCCAAUGUGACCUCGCCGAUAUAGUGGCUGCCAAGGAUGCAGCCAAUGAACUCAAGCAGAGAACUGACAGGCUCGAUAUCAUGAUAUGCUAUGCCGCCGUUGGUGUAUCAACCAAAUAUGAACGAUCGCCACAGGGUAUUGAACAGGUAUUUGCUUCAAACUGCGUUGGCCAUCAGGUGUUGGCAACCAAUCUGCUGCCCAUCAUGAAAGGUACUAUUACUCAAGGCAAGGCUAGCAAUGGGCGAAUUGUGGUAGCUAGUUCGUCUCUGCACUCAUUAUGCCGUGAGCUAAAACUCGACCUUCUCACCUCACCCACUCGUCCUAAGCCAGCAUAUAUCGACGGUGUGUGGCGUUAUGCUCGCGCUAAAGUAGGCAACAUACUCUUUGCAAGGGAACUAAGCCUGCGGUUGAUGCAAGAAGAGGAUCCAGCCAGUAGCAAGAUUUACGUUAAUGCCUUUUUCCCAGGUAAUAUCGUUACCGAUCAGUGGAUUGUUUGGGAUGAGUAUGUUGGAGGAGCCUUUGGUUCCCUGCUUAGGCGCCUAUUCUCAAUCAUUGGUCAGAGUCUGGAAGAUGGUGCUGCAAGUGCCAUUUAUUUGGCCGCGAGUCCAAAGGUGAUAUUAAACGGCACUCAUGGUCAGUACUUCAUUCCUGUUGCAAAGCCAUGCGAGACAACUGCCAUUGCUAGCGACUUAAAACUCUCUCGUGAUCUUUGGGGAAGCCCUGGCCUUCCCUCCCAUAAUGAACGUUUCCUAUUGCGCUCAGAUUGCAUAGAGGCCAAAGCAGCAGAGGCUCUAAUCCCCGAAGAACAAGACUAA